AUGUUGAAAUGCGAAUCGAACCCUAUCGUGGCCACAUCACCGCCUAGGUCGCACUGGCUUACCUCCAGUUCCGCCUCUGCAACGCCAAGGGCGUCACCGGUGCUACCGCAAGAGGAGGAGAAUUCGCAGUUGAAUGCAACAAGGGAAAAGCUGACCACACAGCAUCGGAAGCCACCUACAGACCCCCACGCACGUCGCCAUCACAGCCGCGAAAGCAGUAGUGCUGAAUCACGUGACUAUGUCGACGAACUGGCUAGCAGCGCCUUUCAAGACUGCCGCACAGCUGCCCUGGUGCUCACCGCGUACUCGGCGCAGCAGCUGGCCUCCUACACGGAUGCGAUAUCGUCCACGGCAAGGGACACAAGCGCCGGCUCGCCUGGUAUGCCGCGAAUCCACACCUUUCAUCGCGUCGAUAGCGACGAUGAUGGUGGCAGCGAGGAUCGCUCUUUCCACGAAGCGGAAACAGCAGAUGACCCGAGCGACGCGGCGAGUGGGGCUGUUGCCGAGCAAGACGCUACAAUCGAAGCCAUUGUACCCGUCGUCGACGAUGGCCCGGCAGUGUUUCCGUACGAGGCGGAUGGGGAGGCGCAGGAGGUGGUGCGCGCUCGCCAGGGCACGGAUGCGGUCUCUGAGGACACCUCGUCGAACACCCCGGUGGGCGUGUGGGCGGCCCGCCACAAGAAGGAACGGCAGUCGGCGGGGCGACCGUCGAUUGCGAGCAGCGACCUCAGCAUCGGAGAUGCCAAGUCAGCAGUAGCGCCAUCUGCGGCUUGCUCUUCGGCAGUCUUGCGGCAUGCUCACUCAAGCGAGUGGGCUGCAACACGCAAGACGGCGCUGGAGCGACUGCGCGCGAACUUUGAUCACCCAUCCAGGACCGUCGCCUCCCUUGCCCCUGAGCGUCGAUCGUCGAGCCUGUUCGCGCAACGUGAACCCGGGAAGGCGCACGUGCUGCACUCCCCAUCAGAUGCGGUGAUCAGUCGUGAUCGCGCCUUGCAGCCGUCUGACUCGUUCGAGGAUCUUUCAAAGGCGCCCCUUUCCGGCGAGAGAGCAAAGCAGUCGGAGACGCGAGACCCUUCCCGUGCCGAGAGUAAGACGGCGGCGAGCAUACUUGGCGCGCUUCUCGGUGAUUCCUGGAUCGGCGACGCUGCCGCCGUAGGCCAGCUAUCACGAUCACAAAAGGAGCCGGCAGCAUAUGGCAGCUUGAGCGAGGGCGAGAGUCAUGCAUCGCUCAGCGAGAAGGUUGCCACGCCGGUGAAACAAACAGCAGGCUCAGCGGCAACGCCGAUGGCGAUACAAAGUCUCAGCGGUAGUCGUUUCAUCGUUCGCCCAGCGCUGAGCACCGAUGUGAGUGGUAUCAGCCCCAUCAAGAAAGACGUGCCAUCGAUUCUGGCAGACCUGUACGGCACACCAGACGCUAGGCCGCCGGCAAUGGCGAUGCUGCAAACCCCUCCUGCUAGCUUGGCCACGACGACACCCCCUCCGCACGCGCGCGGGAGGUGGAGCUUGCAAGGCGCUCUGGAGGCGAUGCACGAACCAUCCGCCGAUGUGGCCACGGUUGGCUUUCACACCGCGCAAACGGCGCCGUCCGCUGCCUCUGCGUCCGCGGAGGAGACCGACCUUUGUGAUCGCGUGACCAUCGACGCCACCGCUACCACCGAGAUGUCUGCAAGUGCGUGCCAGCACCCGCCUCAGAGCCUUUGCGCGAAUCGAGUCGAUCGCGCGCCGCUUUUCGGCCAGUGGCUCGUGCGCUCUGGCGUCGUUCUCCAUCCCGACGACGGCGGUGGCGCCGGCUCCGGUCUCCAAGCGGAUGCGAAGGUGCCUCUGUCUACAGAGAGCGUGCCGAGAUCCUGGGACUCGUCGCGGGUGAACAGGUGGCGCUGCUCGGAGCGCCAGCCCCUGGCGCACGCAGAGCACUCCGUGACGGAGGCGUCGGUGGCCACACCUGCGCACGAGAACACGGCACUGACGCGGCCUGCGGAGUGGCGGCAGCAGCGCCUCAAGAAGGAGCUGCGGGCCAAGGAGAUGGCGGAGUGCACCUUCCAACCGCUUCUCUCGCCUGGCACGCGGGCCAUGGUGCGGCUUGCGCAGGAGCGGGAGUUGGAGAGAACGCUACAGGAAGAGGAGGAUGGAGCGGAGGCGCAGGCAGCCGGAACGCGCCCCAGGUCGGCGCGAACCGACUCCCAGCAGGCAUCUCUAGACCCUUCCACACUGAAAGCAACUCUACAGUCUGUGUACAAGCGUCUUUAUCCAGCGGAGCUGUCGGCGGCGGCGUCACGUCGGCAACUCCUUGACCAGGAAAUGGAGUACCGCCGUCUCACGCGAGAGGAGCUGAUUCUACUGCGACAUCGCUGCGGCGUUGCUCGACGCGUGCCUCGCAGCGCCCGCAGCGGCGGCGCGGCCCGCUCGCGCGAGACAUUCAGUUCAUUCAUGAGCACCAUCUUGCAGACAGACUGGGAGGAAGCCACUGCAGCGAUAGCUAUGCCACGGUUGGUUGCCGCGUCGUCAUCGCCCACUCAGUCACGCAUGACAGGCAGCGCUGUAGCACCAGUGGCGGUAUUGCAGACAUCGUACAUGUCGCCAAUGGCCGUGGCGCUCUUGGAGGAGAAGAAGGCCAAGCGGAAGUACCACUCCCGGCGCCAAGCGGAAAUGCACGGGCAACAUGCUGAAGCCGGUGAUGCAGAAGUGGGGGGCGGGGCUGAUCGCCGGGGCACGGCGCGGUCGCCGGCAGACAGCACAGAGGCCACGCGCGCCGAGGAGAGCUUCCGCGUUGCCCUCUUUGACGAGUUCCUGCUACGGCAGAAUGCGUACUAUUUCAACCGCUCGCGAACGGUGCGUGAGCUGAAGCAGCAGAUGACCCCCGUCUUCACCCCAAGGACAACAAACGCAAGCGCGCGGCUGGUGCAGAAUAUGGUUUCGAGGUCGCUGUUAAACGAGUCCUUGGGCCCAGAGACGUCCUCUAUUGUGGCACAGCGGGAGCGGCAGCGCGUUCCAUUCGCGUCGCUGUUUGUGAAGCAGCAUGCCUCGCCGUACGUUGACCCGUGCACCUUCAAGCCCAAUAUAUCACCAUCGGCGCGCGCACUCAGGGAGGAGGAUCGCCGUCGCAAGGGCGCCAACAAGCAGGCCCCCGCCGUGCAGCAGCAGAGCUUCUUCGAGCGGCUUUACGCGGAUGAGCAGCGUAGGGCGAAGCAGCGCGAGGAGGCCAAAGCGCGCGCGGAGGCGAAAGAGGUGGAGGGGCUGACGUUUCAGCCAACGCUCAAUGUGAAGUACAACGCCCGCGUCCACUCUACGCUGAACCCUCGCAACUACCAGCCGUACCAGGCCUACCUGCUCGAGAAGCGUCAGUUGCUUGAAGCAAAACGCAAGGAGCAGGCGGAGGAGGCCCAGCAGGCAGAGGAAGAUGUGUGCACCUUCCGUCCGCAGACUACAAAGAAGCCGGCGUACAUUGCUAAAAUGGCGAAGUGCUUCGGCGUGCUGCGACAGCAGGAUGCUGAGUUUUAA